AUGGUAAUUUAUGCAGGCGCAAGACUGGCCAAGUCCGGUCGAUACUGUACCGAUUGCGACACCCACGGUUCAUCGAAUUCGGCAUCGGGUUUCUCCUCUGGGUGGUCCGUAAUUCAAACCUCCUCCCCGGCGGGCGUCCGCCGAAGUUGCGGUUUAUCGGGGGGCGGCCUUGUCCGCAAACUCACCGUCUUGAAGGCGGGGCCUCUUCAUCUACAAUUCUCCCUUUAUCAUCGAAGCCCUAUCGGAGAUGAAGUCCUUCUGACUCAAUUUUCUCCACUCAGCAUCAAGGAGCGUCCAAGAAGGGUGUGGACAACACAGACACUCAAGACUCCGGAUAGUGCUAUUGCCAUAACGCUCACACUGUCGCAUCGCAUUUCAUGCCCACCCAACUAUUACGGCGACGCAUGCGAGCGCUACUGUGCCCCCAGGGAUUCUGACCUGGGACAUUACAAAUGCGACUCAAAAGACGGUCGCAUUGUUUGUCUUCCGGGUUGGAGAGGCAGCCAGUGCACAGAAGCAAUAUGCAAGGCCGGGUGUCUACAUGGAACGUGUGAAUCUCCUGGUGUUUGCAAGUGUCGUGAGGGUUGGGAGGGCGACGCGUGCGAUCAGUGCAUCCCUUUUCCAGGCUGUACACACGGCACAUGCAAAUUCAAUUUGAGCCUGGGACACCAUGAGCCCUUUACUUGCGAAUGCAAACCCGGUUGGAGUGGCAUGCUCUGCACAAUAGAUACACAGUAUUGUUCGAAUCAUCCGCACACCUGUCUAAAUGGCGGAGUGUGCCACAGCACCCCGACAGAAACCCUGCCUGGUUACACGUGUCAGUGCCCGCUGGGCUACGAGGGCUACCACUGCGAAAGCCCCAAUCAGGAUUGUCGGGUCUACCGGUGCAGCAGUCACGGCAUCUGCCAGACUAAUGGAGACUGUGCGUGUUUUGACGGAUUCUACGGUCCAAAUUGCCAGUUCAAUCAGACGCACUGUUCGCAGCAUCCAUGCCAAGGGAGCCAAUCACUUUGCAUUCCCCUGAAUAACACCACGCCACAACCUGCAAAUGCUAAAAAAAUCAUCAACUACCGCUGUGAAUGCCAGGCCGGACUUACCGGUAGGAAUUGCGAACUCAAGAUACGACAUUGCGAUUCGCGGCCGUGCCUACAUGAUGGAAAAUGCGUCGAAUUGCAGUUGGGGAGUGAUGGAUACCAGUGUAUUUGCCUGCCUGGUUUCCGAGGCCGUCAUUGUGAGCUGCCAAACUCUGCCUGCCAGCACCUGCCUUGCGCUAACGGCGGCCAGUGCGUGGAUCGGGCGAACCGCGUGGAAUGCCACUGUCCCGCUGGCUGGAGCGGUCCCACUUGUCGUCAGAAUGUCAACGAAUGCAAAAAUCCAGUCUGCAAAAAUGGUGCCGCCUGCCGCGACCACCCUGGGACCUACGAGUGCCUCUGUGCCCCUGGAUGGACUGGCCAGGACUGUGACAUCCCGACUUCACUUUACAAUGUCUCUGACGCCAAUAGUACGACUGCUCGACCAGGUUGCAUUUCGUCUUGCGAUGACACUGUAUGGCAACAAGCCACUAUCAUUCGGUGCGCAGUCAUUGGUUCGACUGCCAUCCUUCUGACAAUCACCCUCAUUUCCUCCUUGCUGGUUUUUCUGCGUCACAGGGCAAGGAGGCACAAGAAACCAGGUUUAGAGGAGAUACACAGACCAGUUUUACAGUCACGGACGCAACAAGUUUAUUGGAACUCCACUAUGAUGCCAGAACGCUUCCUCAUGUACCCAUCAACGGAACCUGUAUGCCAAAAAUUCCAUCCGUCUGUAAAGGAGAGGCUUAAUGUGGAGAAGGUCCAGCAUUAUGAUCAUGCGACUCUGCAUCCAACCAAAGGUAUGAGCGCAGAGGUCGCGGUUACUGGACCACCAAGGUUUCCCACAUCAAGUCUGCCAAUAUCCCACAUUGUUCCCUUGUGUUCUCCCAGUGUGCACCAUGCAAUUGUCUAUACAUGUCAGACGCCACCUCCCCCUUAUGAGGAUUUAGUCCAUGCUAAUAGCAGUAUGCGGAAAAAACACCAACGCAAGGCGUAG